UUCUCCACACGCCACAACCAAGAAGAAGAAGACAGCAAACGCACCACGACACGCUCACGCAAGCAAGUGCACAGUCCACAAGCAGCAAAGACACACAGCAACCAUGGCUGACCAGCAGCAGCAGGACGUGAAGCCCAAGGUCAAGGCCGAGGGUGGCGAUGAGACACAGUACGUGAACCUGAAGGUCAACUCGCAGGAUGGUACCACCGUGCAGUUCAAGAUUAAGACAACGACACAGCUGAAGAAGCUCAUGGACACCUUCUGCCAGCGACAGGGCCUGAACAAGGCGUCGGUGCGAUUCUUGUUUGACGGUCAGGCAAUCAAGGAGAAGGACACACCCGCGCUUCUGGAGAUGGAGAACAACGACGUGAUUGAUGUCUUUGCACAACAAACUGGCGGUUGCUUCCUGGGUCUGUAACCACCCUCGACCAGCAAUAUGUGGCCUUUGAAUCUGUGAUUGGGUGCUUGUGAUGACUGCUGUCGUUGUGCCAAGGCGGCUGUUACCUCGUUGCGUGUGCGUGUGUUGUUGUUGUUGUUGUUGUUGUUGUUGUUGUUGUUGUUGUUGUCUUGAGUGUGUGUGUGUGAGUGUUCGUGUAGGUGCCUUUUGCGGCCGUGUUGGUCUCGUUUGUCACUGGUAGUACAAUGGCGCGUGUCUUUGAUCCCGAACUGCACAUGUGUACUCUGAUCGGUGGUGAUAGGCACGCACACAUACACAUACACACA